GGACAUUAAAACCAGACCGUGUAACGAAAUAUCUCUCAGCAACCAGAGGUUAAAUUUCUUCUUUGUUUUCUCAAUAAUGGGGUCAAAGUUUAAUUCACUCCUUUGUUUUUCAUCCUUGCAUAUAACAAUUCCAAGAGAAGUAAACUUAAUCUUUAAUUUGGAUACCAUAUACUUCCUGUAAAACACAAUCCUUGAGUGGAAAUAAGACUGAUUUAUUGAUAUACAUUUUCAAACCUGAAACGAAGGAAAAGUCUUCAAUACAGGAAACUGCUAUAGAAACCUCAUUCCUGUCUUUCAAAAAUAUGGCGGUAUUAUCACCCAGUUGACAUAGUUUAAAUUCAUUGCAGUCAGGGGUACUUGGAGACGACAGAUAACCCGAUGACGUUUUUCUGCGUCUGAGUUUAGCUCGCCAACGUCGCCAUGACAUCGCCUACAAACGUUAUCGGGGAUUUCUAUUGGAGAAGCAGUUUCUGCUUAUCUUCAUACUGUGCUGUCUUUGAUAAUUUUAUCUGACGAUAGUCACUCACUCGUUUUGCCUGGACGCGGAGGGCGGAUGUAAACGACUACACAGAGCUAUGAAAACUGCGGGCGUAAAAAAUUAGCUAAUUAGUUAUGCGGGCAUAAAAAUUUGCUAAUUAGUCAUGUUGCUUUUGAUGGAUUUUCGUUGAACUUGCUUUCUUCCUUGCGAGCAAAUGUAGCCUGCUAGCUAACGUUCGUCAGUAAGCUUAUUUUUAAUGUUUCCAUGUGACGAGGGACACGACUCAGAUACGAUGGCAGACAGCUCUAAGAAUGAUAAUUCCAUAAUGGAAAGUCCACCCGUUAGCCCCUUGUCCAGGAGGGGAAAGCCUCCAGAGUCCCCUGGCUCUCGCUCAAGGUACCAGGUCAGCGCACCCGGACACAGUUUUAGGAAAGUGACUCUCACCAAGCCAACGUUCUGCCACAACUGCAGUGAUUUCAUAUGGGGUCUUAACGGAUUCGUUUGUGAAGUGUGUAACUUUAUGUGCCAUGAAAAGUGCCUGAAGAUGGUGAGGACUGUGUGUUCAUGCAUGGCCCCAACACAGGUGCGGGUCCCUGUCGCCCAUUGCUUUGGUCCAGCAGGGCAGAAAAAGAGAUUCUGCUGUGUGUGUCGAAAGCAUCUGGAGGGAAACACUGCCGUUCGUUGUGAAGUUUGUGAGCUGCAUGCCCACUAUGACUGUGCUACGUUCAGUUGUGGCGACUGCCGUCUCUGUCACCAGGAUGGGAGUCAGGACUUUGCCAAGGAUGCAUUCCCCCACCACUGGCGGGAGGGGAACAUUCCUUCAGGUGCACGCUGUGAGGUCUGCCGGCGCACCUGUAGCUCCUCAGACGUCCUGGCGGGGAUGCGGUGUCAGUGGUGUGGUAUUACGACACACGCUGCCUGUUAUCUCAUUGUGCCGCCAGAGUGCGGUCUGGGACGGCUACGCAACAUGCUUCUUCACCCUGCUUGUGUGCGAAUAUGCUCGAGGAACUUUAGCAAGAUGCACUGCUACCGCAUCUCUGAGAGCUACCAGAAUGAGCUGGAUAACUUGGAAGAUGCUGACAGACCUACAAAGGAGAGCCAGCUGGCAACCACACCAGAUUCCGGGAAGCAGGUUCUCAAGGUGUUUGAUGGGGAUGAUGCAGUCAAGCGUAGCCACUUCCGUUUGCUCUCCAUUCCUCGGAUAACCAAGAAUGUGGAAGUAGUGGAGUCAGCGUUGAGGGCCUUUUACAUCCCAGAUGACCCCCUGGAAUAUGAGCUCCAAGACAACGGCCAGCAGGCUCUAGUUGAUGACGACGUCCUCAACCAUAAUGGCACCCCCGAUAAGGCAAUCUUUAAGGAGAAUGUGCCCGAGGCGUGGCUCCUAAGGGCCAAACCUCAGGAAACCGAGGUCCUCAGGAUCUAUGCCGGCUGGCUCAAGGUUAUUGUGGCGUACAUAUCCAUCUCCAAGAACAGCACUGUGGAUUCUGUCAUUAAGGAGGCCCUCACUCAACUGGAAAAACAGAAUGAAGACCCAUCAAGCUUCAAUCUUGUGGAGGUUUACAUGGGCAGUAAGCAAGUUCAGAGGCGAGUGCUGACAGGCCACGAGCUGCUGCUGGACAAACUGCAGGAGAUAAGGAAGAUCUCCCUGAGGCAGAUGAACCAGACCCGUUUCUACAUCGUGGAGAGCAGGAACAGGAUUGUGCAGGUCAACCUGCUUCUAGAGGGACUGCCUGUACAGCUGAGCAAGGAGGAAUAUGCAGACCUGCUACAGGAGCACUUAGCUAUCAAGAGUCACUUGGUCACCAUCACACAUGUUUACGGGAACCAAGGUGCAGUGGUGUUGCAGAUAAAGUGUUUCUCUGAGGCUGAGAGGAUCUUCAUGUUAGCCAAAGACACGUCUGUCAGCAACCAGCAGCUCACCUCUCUUGUCCUACCAGAGAUCAUGCACAACAAGUUACCCAAAGGUGACUCGCCCCUACUGGUGUUUGUCAACCCUAAGAGCGGUGAGCUGAAGGGCAGAGAGCUCCUCUAUGGUUUCCGGAAGCUUCUGAACCCCCACCAAGUGUUUGAUAUGACCAAUGGGGGACCAUUGUCUGGACUCCACACGUUUAGGGCGGUGCCCCGCUUCCGGGUGCUGGUGUGUGGGGGAGAUGGGACAGUGGGCUGGGUCCUGGGAGUCUUGGAGGCCAUCAGACACAAGCUGGUCUGUCCCGAGCCCCCCGUCGGCAUCGUCCCACUCGGCACAGGUAACGACCUGGCGCGGAUCCUGCGCUGGGGGGCGGGCUACAGCGGAGAGGACCCCCACCACAUCCUGGUAUCUGUGGACGAGGCGGAGGAGGUGCAGAUAGACCGUUGGACUAUUUUGCUGGAUGCACAGGAGAUCACAGAUGACGGCAAGGAGAACGGCUUGCUGGAACCACCAAAGAUAGUGCAGAUGAACAACUAUUUUGGGCUGGGCAUCGAUGCUGAAGUCAGUCUGGACUUCCACCAUGCCCGUCAAGAGGAACCAGGGAAGUUCAACAGCAGGUUUCACAACAAAGGUGUGUACCUAAAGGCGGGUCUGCAGAAGCUGAGUCACACACGGAACCUUCACAAGGACCUCAAACUACAGGUGGACAAGCAAGACAUAGAACUGCCCAGCAUAGAAGGCCUCAUCUUCCUAAACAUCCCCAGCUGGGGCUCCGGGGCAGACCUGUGGGGAUCAGAGGGUGACUCACGCUACGGGAAACCUCGCAUUGACGAUGGCAUGCUGGAGGUGGUGGGGGUGACUGGGGUGGUACACAUGGGCCAGGUGCAGAGCGGCAUGCGCUCUGGGAUCCGUCUCGCCCAGGGCAACUACGUGCGUAUCACAGCGACCAAGCCCAUCCCUGUGCAGGUGGAUGGAGAGCCCUGGAUCCAGGCCCCCGGACAUAUCAUCAUAUCUGCAGCAGGCCCAAAGGUGCGGAUGUUGAGGAAGUACAAACACAAGUAGAAGAAGCAGUCAGCCCCUCUUUUAGGCUGGCAAUCUGAAUGCCCUUCGUUCAGCGAUGGGGGACAGGUGUAUAAAAUCGAGCACACAGCCAUGCAAUCUCUAUAGACAAACAUUGGCAGUAGAAGGGCCUUCCUGAAGAGCUCAGUGACUUUCAACGUGGCAUAGGAUGCCACCUUUCCAUCAAGUCAGUUUGUCAAAUUUCUGCCCUGGUAGAGCUUCCCCGGUCAACUGUAAGUGCUGUUAAAGUGGAAACAUCUAGGAGCAAUGGCUCAGCCGCGAACUGGUAGGCCACAGAACGGGACCGCCGGGUGCUGAGGUGUGUAGCUCGUAAAAAUUGUCUGUCCUCUGUAGCAACACUCCCUACCGAGUUUCCGAACUGCCUCUGAAAGCAACGUCAGUACAAGAACUGUUCGUUGGGAGCUUCAUGAAAUGGGUUUCCAUCGCCGAGCAGCCUCACACAAGCCUAAGAUUACCGUGCGCAACGCCAAGCGUCGGCUGGAGUGGAAACCCAUUGGACUCUGGAGCACUUGAAACAUGUUCUCUGGAGUGAUGAAUCACACUUCACUGUCCGACGGACUAAUCUGGUUAUGGCGGAUGCCAGGAGAACGUUACCUGCCCAAAUAAUGGUCUGGGGCUGUUUUUCAUGGUUCAGGCUAGCCCCCCCAUGCACAAAGAGAGGUCCAUACAGAAAUGGUUUGUCGAGACGUGUGGAAGAACUUGACUGGCCUGCGCAGAGCCCUGACCUUUGGGAUGAAUUGGAAUGUUGACUGCGAGCCAGGCCUAAUUGCCCAACAUCAUUGCCUGACCUCACUAAUGCUCUUGUUGCUGAAUUGAAGCAUGUCCCCGCAGCAAUGUUCCAACAUCUAAUGGAAAGCCUAACAGUAGAGUGGAGGCUGUUUAUAGCAGCAAAGCGGGGACCAACUUUUGGAAUGAGAUGUUUGACGAGCAGGUGUCCACAUACUCUUGGUCAUAUAGUGUAUUUAUAAGAUGUAAUUACACUGCUACCAUGUAAAUACCAGACUGUAAAAUAAAGUGUAAAUGUUGCUUUUUCGAAGUUCAGACAUCGAGCUGCUUCAGAGAGUCCUCUGAGUAAAACACUGGAUUAAAAUGUAAAAUAUUCCA